CUGAAACGGUACAAGUAGAAAAGGCACUCAUGGCUGUGAGCAUCAUGCGAGGAAUGGAGGACCUGAUGGCGUCGGGCAGCCAGCUUGUCUGGGGCCUGGCGCAUCAGACCCUGAGGAGGUGGUACAACGGAGGGCUGAUGCCCGGUAGACGCUUCCUGGAAGCCUGGUUCAAGAUUGGGAAAUGCUACCAGAUGACUGAAGGCCGUCUUUGCCAGGUUCACCUUCUCGACGGCAGGGAUCUGGAGUUGCUGGUGCAGCCCAAGUUGUUGUCUCGUGAGCUGUUAGACUUGGUGGCCUCACAUUUUAACCUGAAGGAGAAAGAGUAUUUUGGAUUGUGCUUCAUAGAUGACACUGGCCAGAAUAAGUGGCUCCAGCUGGAUCGUAAAGUCCUUGAUCAUGACUUCUCCAAGACCUCUGUGCCUUUGGAGAUCAAAUUUCUCGUGAGGUUUUAUAUCGAGAAGAUCACCUACCUAAAAGAGAAUACAACAGUGGAGCUUUUCUUCCUGAAUGCAAAGUCACUGGUGUUUAAUGAGACCAUCGAAGUCGAGAGCGAAAAUGUUUUCAAGUUAGCCGCAUUCGCAUUGCAGGAGGCCAAAGGAAGCCACAGCAGUGCGGAGACUGCCAGGUCUGACCUGAAGGAGCUGCCAGUUCUACCAACCAGAGUUUUAAGGGAGCACCCAUCUCUCAAUUACUGUGAGGACAAAGUGAUUGAACACUACAAGAAAUUGAAGGGGCUGACCAGAGGACAAGCCAUUGUGCAGUAUCUGGCCCUGGUGGAGUCUUUGCCAACAUAUGGAGUCCAUUAUUACCCAGUGAAGGACAAACAAGGAAUACCGUGGUGGCUUGGAGUCAGCUACAAAGGCAUCGGCCAAUACGAUUUGCAGGAUAAGCUGAAACCAAGAAAGUUGUUUCAGUGGAAGCAGUUGGAGAAUUUGUAUUUCCGUGAAAAGAAAUUUGCAGUGGAAGUGAACGAUCCGCACAGAAGAACAGUGACUAAGCGAACUUUUGGACAGACUGGGCUGGUUAUUCACACAUGGUAUGCCAGCCACUCGCUGAUUAAAACCAUCUGGGUGAUGGCAAUCAGUCAGCACCAGUUCUACCUGGACAGAAAGCAAAGUAAAUCAACGAUGACCACAACCAGAAGUUCAGGAGACAUCGCCAUGGACCUCACAGAGAUCUGCGCCCCACGGAUCAGUAAACUCUCCAGCAUCGAGAGCAAAGACCCUCUUAUCAUGGCCAGCAGUGGAAGCCUCAUCUCAGCUGGUUCUGCUGAGUCAGAAGUCAACGAGGAGCAGAAGAAAGAAAAGAUUGCCGAAUUAAAAAAGAAAGAAAAAGACCUUCAGGACAUACUGACACUGAAACUUAAGGAACUGAAAAAGAUCUGCAUGAGAGAAGCAGAGCUUACAGGCCGGUUACCUAAAGAGUAUCCUCUGAACUCAGGAGAGAAGGCUCCCCAAGUUCGCCGUCGUGUUGGUACUGCCUUCAAGCUGGAUGACCUUUUCCCCUAUGAUGAGGACCCACAUCUGAGGAAUCUGGAGAGCAUGUUUGCCUUGCAGCACAAGAUUGUGGAAGCAGCCACCAAGUUGGCCAGCGAGGAUGACCUCUGCAAGACAGUGAGGAAGAAGAGGAGAAACAACUUUCUGGAUGCAAAGAGGAAGCUGGAGGAAAUUGAGAGGGAGAUUAACGCCUACAGGAUAAAGAAAGGAAAGAAGCCCACACAGAGAGCUUCAGUGAUCUUAGCAGAUGACAACAACCCUUCAGACCUCAGCUCUCUAUCUGACAGCCUCACCCUGGAUGAUGAAGAUGAGUUUAGUUCCCAAAGGCACCGUUCCACAUCAGUGCAGUAUUCUCCAAGACCGCACCAUGCAGAAACUCUGGACAUCCACUACAACAAAGACCGACGCACUUCUGCCAAUGACCAACAUUCAGACAGCAGAUACAAUUAUGGACCAGUCCAGGAAUCUCUCCACUACAGCCACCGUGAUGCCUUAUCAAGCCACAGUAGUCCUUUUAAACCUGCUUCCAGGCAGCCACGUGAUGCCCGCAGCAUGCCCCCCACCCCCCUCCUCACCCGCAAUGCCUACAGCAGCAACCACCUCAGAUCGGACGAUGCUCCACAACAUUUCCGCCAGCGUAGUGGGAGUCUGGAGUCCCAGUCUCAGUCUCAGUUUGUGCCAGAGACCGGACCUCCCAUGCCAACGUUUACCUUCACCGCCGCCCGGCGCAGCAACAGCACUGAGGUCCUCGAUGACGGCUCCUCCUACACAAGCCAGUCCAGUGUGGAAUACAGUGUUCCUGGUAACCACACCCACAGACGCAGAGCUCGAGGUCGCCACAGAAAAGACCUGUAUGCCAACACGGGCAGCAUGCCCAACCUGGCUCAGCCUGACACCCGCUCCUACGCCUACCAGCCCCGCGCCCGACCCACCACAACGGCCUACUAUGUCACAGGCUUUCCCAGAUACGCAGACCCAGAGCCUUACUCCAAUGGACACUACAUGUAUGAUAACGAGCUUGAGGGACACUAUAACGUCAAUCCUUCCUAUCCCCCCGCCCCUACAGAUUACCACAGCCAAGACAUGCACAGUCACUACGGUAACGACGAGAUAGAUGGUAUGUUGCAUAACCCUUACGCCACAAUGCGGCCACCCAGGAACCGUCAGGUGCCCUGCAGCGGCGAGCACGUCACCAAGAACAUCCAAAAGGCAAUGGUGGCUGAACAUUUGAGAGGCUGGUACCAUCGCAAUGCUGCACACAAACAAGCUGCGUACAACUACGACUACGACAGAGGCUCCCAGCAGAGCCUGGGAUAUCAGACCAUGCCUGCACCCUACAGCCAUAACAACAGAAACAUCUACUCAUCAGUAUCCUCAGUGUCCUCCACUGGCAAUUGGCACAGCCACACAACCGGUGGUAUGAUGGAAUAUGACAUGCCUAUGCAUGCACCGCCGACAUACUCUUACAGUACAGCCCCAUACAGCCACCCCACCCACAGCAGAUAUGGCGGCUCACAGCUUUUAAAGGCUUCCUGGCCCAGCCCUGAUGGUUGGAGGCGCUGUGCCUUUUUUCCUGCUAGUUCUUCCUCCUCAGUUUCCUCCUCCACCUCCUCCUUUCCCUCCUCCUCCUCUUCCUCCCCCGCCUGUCGGGUCAGACAGGUGUCCUCCAGCCCUGCACAGCCACAAUCUUCCAGAGGGCACAGGCUCAGUAAGGUGUCCUUUGCUAAAGAUCCUACAUAGACGUCAGCAGCCAAAUGCACACACCCAUGGACCCAGAAGAACAGAUUUACUGGCACGAAGACUCAAAACCAGGGACUAUAGUCUAGUAGCCUUUCUUGUGUCAUUGUGCUGUACGAAUCUUUCACCUUGACAUGUUGUCAUCGUGCCUUAGACUGCACUUACCCUUUUCUCUGUGAACGGGAUCCAUCCAAAGAAUGAAGGAACUUAAUGUGGACUCCUGCUUAUCAUCAUAAUUGCAGCUGCCAAACUUACCCACAUCCACGUGUUUGACUCAUAACAAAUCGUCUACGUCUGUGGAUUUCGAGUGUUUGUGGUGAAGGCGCUUGUGCACUGAAACUAUACCAGAACCUGCUGUGGGCUGUUUGGUAUAACCAAAGGGAUUUUGGACUAAACCCUGUAGAGAUGCCAGCUUCACUAACCAAGGACCAUGACCGUCUCUGUUAGAGGAUCCUGAGCCGUUAUGAACAAGGAGAAUGACUCACCCUUCUGAUACUCACACAUGUACGAAUGUGUUACCAUGAAGGAUCAUACGAGGAUUAAAAAAAAAAAAAAAGACAUUGUCAAAAUGAAGGAUUAAGCUCAUUAAAUGAGUCAAAAAAGAGAGAUGGCUACUUUGAAACAUUGUCCAGUCACCAGAUCCACUUUUAUCAAACAGCAUUGCUUCACACUGACGCAGUAUUUCAUCCACCUCACUGUUGGAACAUACAACAGAGCCAAAUAAUUCUACACUGUCACGCCGUUUGAGUAUUACUCGAAGUGACUGACAAAAAUUAUACUGCCACGUCUGAUCAGUCGCCGCAAGGAGACCGAAAGUCAAGUUUAGUUUUGUUUAUUUUUAUUUUUGCAUCCAUGCUGGAAAUCAUGGACUGGUGCUCCCAAUUUCUCUCAGAGAAUGAAGCUGUGUGUAAAUGUCGGUAUUGUAAAUACACUGGUUCUGCCCCCACCCACCCCCCUUUUUUAGAGCAUUUUUUUAUGUAUUUGAAAAGCAUGUAAUAUAUAGUAAACAACUGUUGUUAAGCUGGUUCUUAGUCAUUUGUAUAAUUGAAUUUGUUUGAAUUAAAAAGAAAAAUCAGCAUUUGAA